AUGUUUGAAGAUUUAUUAUUUAUAAUUUUUUUGUGGUACAUUGGUACUAGAUUUGACAAGGUAAACGAGCACAUGAAAUGUCUAUUGAUCAAGAAAGAGUAUGGACUGAGAUAUGCAUGGAAAAAGUCUCUGCUGACUACUCGUAAAUGCAUCAUGUAUACUGAUAAAUACAAGCUUAUACUGUGGACGUCAAUGCAUGUCCAUCUGGAAUUGUGUCAAAUCGCUUGUGAAUUAAACGUAAUGUUUGGACCCCAAUUGACUGUGGAAAUAGUAGCCUAUUUAAUAUAUUUGACAAGAUUAUGUAAUUAUAUUGUUAUAUACAUAGGAACGGAAGAUCGCUAUAUAUUUUCGAUGUUAAACUGGUUUCAGUUGUGUUUUUGGAUAACUUUGCACGUAGCUAGACUCUUCUGUUUGAAUUACGUCUGCGAAAACGUCAGUGCUAAUGCUAACGAAAUAAAACAAAUAAUUCACCAAUUGACAGACUUUCUUCGAUAUGCUGAUGUUCGUGACGAGAUUUAUCAAUUUUCUUUACAAAUAAUAUGUCAUCCGCUAAAAUUCACAGGACUGGGUCUCUUUUAUUUUGGCAAUGAUCUUCUACGAAAGAUGGCUACUGUACCGAAAAAAGAGACGGACAUUUAA